AUGGAGGGUGUUGCGAAUCAGAAUGGAGCACAUUUAUUCACAGGGUAUCAAAACAAUAGAGGCAAUUGGAUGGAACAAAUGAGAGGUUCACUUAUGGUGGUAGCAACAGUUAUUGCAUCUUUAACUUUUCAAAUUGCAAUAAACCCACCAGGAGGUGUUUGGCAAGAAAACACAGAUAGCUCGAAAGGAUGUGGAAGAAAGCAAAACGAAACAUGCAUAGCUGGUACUUCAGUACUUGCUUUUGGUGAUAAUAACCAAGAAGCUAAAUAUGAAAUUUUCAUAUUAUUAUGUACCAUAUCUUUCUCUGCUUCUCUGACAAUAAUCUUGUUGCUGAUAUCUGGAUUUGGUAAUAGGUUUGUUGUGUGGUUGCUCAGAAUGGUAACUGGUGUUUCAGUGCUUUUCUUAGCAGGGGCAUAUAUUAUUUCGAUAAACAUGGUAUUAGGUCCACUUGGUGGUCCAAUUUCUAAUAUCAUAAUUGGUUAUGGAUAUUUUUGGGGAGGGUUGAUUGUUUUGCUUCUUCUCUAUUUUUUCUGUCGCUUUGUGAUUUGGCUACUGAAAUUGUGUUGCUGUUGCUGCUCAAAGAAUGCAAGCUAUACAUAA